UUCUUAAAUUAAAUUUAGUAUCAACAUCUAUUAAUUUUAUAACAUUUUAUUAUCUUUUAUCGAGGUCUUGUUUAUUUAAAUGCUAAUUUACUGAUAACCAAACUAAGGAGUUUUACAAAAAUUACUUGUUGAUAGUUUAUAUCAAAUUUGCAAUUUAUAUAACAAAAAUUAUUUUUAAUGUAAUUGCAAUCAGCAACUUUAAAUAAUGCCUGGUUUACCUUCUGGUUGGGUUGAGAAAACUUCCAAAAGUACUGGUAAAAAAUACUAUUUCAAUACCGAAACAAAUGAAAGUCAGUGGGAGAAACCAGACAAUGAAGAAUUCCAGGUUAGAGCUUCACAUUUAUUAGUUAAACAUAAAGGUUCAAGAAGGCCUUCAUCAUGGAAGCAAAAUGUCAUAACCAGAACUGAAGAAGAAGCGUUAGAUAUUAUUAAAAAUUAUCAUAAACAAAUCACAUCUGGCAAAACCACACUUGCAGCAUUAGCUCAAUCAGAAAGUGACUGCAAUAGUGGAAAAAAUGGUGGUGAUCUUGGUUUUUUUGGUCCUGGACAAAUGCAAAAAUCGUUUGAAGAAGCCGCGUUUGCACUAAAGAUUAACGAAAUGAGUGGUCCUGUUUAUAGUGAUUCUGGUAUUCAUUUAAUACUUCGCACUGGUUAGAAAUGUAUAUAUAUAUAUUUAUAUAUUGGGAAGCAUUAAAAUGUAAAUUUAAACAUUAGAGUCAAAAUGAAUUUAUUAUAUUACUUAAUAAAUCAUUGCGAACCCAAAAAAUCGUGUAAAAUUAUUCCUAUUUCUUAUGUAAACAAUGAUUAUGUUAACAAGUCAUAAA